CAGGCUGGAAAGAGCUGAGCUCUUCUCCCAAGGAUGACGUGAUGUGCAGGUUGAGGCCACUCCUCCCAGGAACAGGAAUAAAAGCCACGGGCAGCAGAGCCGGGGCAGAGCGCUCCCAGCCUGAGAGCCACCAGCAGCAGCAGCACCAGCAACAACAGCAGCAGCAGCAACAGCAGCAGCGAUGCUUUGCCGAAUGCAUCUCGCACCAUUCGCCUCCAGCUCCCUGGCCUCCCGGCUGGGCACAGUGAGGACCCUCUGGCCGCACGCUGAGACCAUCUUCACUGAGCUGCAGCAGGAGAUGGAGAAAGCUCGGGAAUUCAUGAGCAGCUUCGAGCAGCUCCUGAGCAGCCACGGAGCCACUGCCUUGGAGCGAGCCCCGAGCACCAGCGCAGCCCUGACCCAGGGCUCCGGGGAAGGCUUCUCCGUCUGCCAGGACGUGAAGAACUUUGCACCGGAGCAGCUGUCGGUGAAGGUGGUGGGCAGGAAGGUGGUGCUGGUGGGGCAGAAGGAGACGCAGAACGUCGAUGAGAAGGGCUCCUUCUCCUACAAGUACGAGGUGCUGAAGCGCGAGUGGGACGUGCCCGAAGAGGUGGAUGCCGAGGCGCUGACAUGCUCCCUGUCCAAGGAAGGGCAGCUCCGCAUCGAAGCCCCCAGGCUGGCCCUGCCGGCUGCUCCAGAGAGGAACGUGCCCAUCCAGGUCAGCCCUGCAGCCCCACAGCCUGGACCAGCCUCCGAGGAUGGAGCCACCAACAAAGCCCAGGUGUAAUGGGAGGGGAACAGAUGGCCCGCGGCAGGACCGGAGCAGACAGCAGCAAGUCUCGGGUUUUAGCCCAGACAAGCUCCAUCAGCAAUGAUGUCAUUUUUUUCACUAUACUGGAAUGUUUUUGUAUCCAAUAAAAAUACUUUUGCA